GGUUCGAUCAAAAUAAAAUUUUUCAUAACCGAAAGGGUCUAUUUUAGCAUUUUACAAGACUCUCACCUUCUGGAAAUUCGAAAGUAAGCCUAAAAUGUCCAAAAUACACAGUGCUGUAACCUCAGGUUCAACAUAAAAAUGAAUUGUUCGAUUGGUCAAAAUCGCGUCGAAUUUUACUAAGCAUCAAAAGUGGGACAGUACGCUUUUAAUACAAAACUGCCGCGCUUCCCUUUGCCACUCGGUACAGGUUAAUUUAUAUGCCAAAACAAAGUCAAAGAAUAUUGGUUUCCCCGCUUUAUAAUUUUCCGUUGCACCGAGAGGCAGGAAACUUAAACCAAGCGCAAACCUCUGCGAUAAACUGUGUAUGCGAGUUCAGAUUUAGCAGUCAGAAUAUUUUUGUUUUGAUCAAUGAAAAUGCGGCCGAAACGGUAAGCUACCUCUUUCCUGCAACUAGGUGCAAGCUAAAUCAAAUUUAUCCCUUUGCUUUUUAAUUUUCUGUUGUGUAGCGCUAUGUUGCGUUUAACUUGAACCACGCAUAAAAAUUCAAAGGUGUCUAAAUGUUUGCAGUGUGGGCAAACCGGCUGAAUUGUCAGCCAAGCUGUAGAACACAAUCGUGUCGAUUUAUAGCACAAAAAGGGUCUAUACGUUUUACAAAACUGCCGCUUCCGUGCACCUCGGUACACGCUAAUUCAUAUACCAAAACAAAGCCCAAGAAUUUUUCUUCCAAUGCUAUAUAAUUUCUUGUUGUAUCGAGUUGCACGAAACUUGCACUAAACAUAAAAGGAGAAAAUUACCCACCUUUUUAGCAUGUCCUCUCCUCGCAUCCAGUGAUCACAACGCCGAUCUCGGCUAAAUGGAUCGAGCCAAAGUGUUUGUCUGACAGUUCAGGGAUACAUUAUCUACUAGACAACACAUACCACUAAAAUUUUCAAUCAAAAUAAUUUUCGAUUUCUCACAGUGGCAACAAAACCAUAACACUACCACUGACAAAAAAAGCUGCCAUUUGUUCUUUCAUGUUGACAACGUUUCGCGGGGAUUUUGCCUCUAAGCCAAUGACUUUGCCCGAAAUCGACCACGUGAUUUAUGUCGCGGCGCAUGCGUAGACAUUUUUUGAAAGAAGGGAAUUGGAGCCGAGAUGUGCCCCGCAGUCGUUACUAGGAUCGUUGCUAGGAACUUGCCCGUUAGGCUAUUGGCCAUUUUUACCUAGUCACUAGUAACGGUCCCAGAAAAUUUCCCAGAAGUCUUUUAGAAAGUUUACUCGGCCCCAUUCCCUUCUCGCUUCUUAAAUGGUUAAUGGCUCACCUGCGAAAAGCUCGAUAUCGAACUCUCUCUCGCAGGACUGCAGUAACAAAGAAAAGCCACUCUGUUUGUAGGGUGAGAUAUCGUAAACUGGGCUGAAGGUAAAUGCAACUCUUCGACUUUCGAAUUAAAUGAUGGAUUUAUAUGCAGCAUAAGGUUGUGUACGCUGGACUUAAUUUACGGGGAAUUUGUCACAUUCCCCUUUCCCAUCAGUCAGUCGCUCACAGUUGUACAGUUGUUCUCUCGUAGUUAGGUUUGCUUGAUUCAGUCAAUAAGUCGUUUGUACGGUGCUGGUAACUUUUGACUACGAUUCAGUGGCGUUUGUCCUAUUAAAGUUAGUAAAGCAAUUGAGUCGUUGACUGAGUAGUCUGUAGAAUAGAUAGAUGUCGCAGAGUCCCAGUCGAUUUGUUGUUCCCAUUUAUAUUCACGACUAAGAGACGGGAAUGGGUGUGCAGCUCGAACUGUGGAGCCUGAGUGUUUAAUGCCGUCCAAAUAACAUACAAAUCUCAACAUCAUAGCUUAAGAAUGGUAUACAAAUAUUCCUUAAUAAAGUCACUCAGGCUAACCUAUUCACGUACGCCGCCUAAUACGAAAACCCAAAAACCCAAUGGGAGAAAAAUGGGAACGUAUUCCCAAACCGAUGCGGUCGAACAACCUCUGGGGGUUAAAGGAAAAAAAUCAAUCGAAAGAUGAAUAAAGUAAGAUAUAAAAAUAAAAGUUGAUAGUUCGAGAGCUGAGAUGAAUACAUUACAACUGUCAAAACCUUAUAUACCUAAUAACAAUAGAGUCAAUUAACGCCAUAGCGGCUCACGUGCGUUCAUACCAAUAGGAAAGUAUUUACAUUCUCCGUCACUACCACUGCGUUAAAGCUGGGAGGCGCAAGGAAAAAAACUUGCAAUGCGACAGGUUUUGGUUUCGUCCACGUUCAGAGACGAGGAAGGAAAUUUAGAAUAAAUUUGCCUAUCAGUUUAAAUGUUUACAUUGCUACACUCGCGUCACUAGAUUAGAAUACAGGCUAUUUCUUUUCUAGUCGCAAUUGUCCUCAACAGUUUGAUCAGAUUAUGUCAAUGUUCUUCCGCUCUCGGUUAUUACUUUUUUCUCGCGGACUACCCAACAUUGAGGUCGUCAUUAGAUACGCUUAGAGUGAAAGUCUACGAAAGUAUAUCCAAAAAAUUUACCGUGACUAUUUCAAUUCGAAACUGUCUAAUUAAUUUUGACUUUGACUGAAAACCAUCAAUAACAAAACUGACUUGAAGCAAUAACCCAUGAAUAAUUUUAAAAUGUAUUAAGCGAGAUCUUUCACGUUCUCUGUGAUUUCCGUUCGCGUGCGGCUACUAUACAGUUUUCUCCGUUUCCUGCAAAAGAAUUCAACAAAUGAUGUUAAAUUUCCGGCUAACUAUUUGCCUUUUGGUUAUAAGAAUUUGUAUCCUCGUUGUCUGACGUGAGAAUGGACAUCACACCAGGUAUGGAAAUUUUUUCAAGUCCUACGAUGGCAUCGGCGUGUAAUUAGAAAAUAUCGAUAAUUUAUCUACUCACAAAAAACUGUGAUUGUUUUCUUUUUAAAAAAGUGCCAGCAGGCAAAAGCGAAGGAGAGACGUAUGCUGCAAUCUUCUAAAUAUCAAACCAUACUCAUUCCGGAAUUAAUGGGAGGAUAAUCGAGAAACGUCUAUUUUUAUUUAAAAUAUUACAGACGUUAAGAAGCUAUUAUUUGACGCGCGCGUUUGUAUAAAGUACCUUGCGCUACUCAAAAGUCUGUAAUCAUCUUCGUCAAGUUUUAAACUUGAUCAGAGGCAGUGUUUUUCGUUGGUUAGAUUGAAAACUAUUAUACUUUUUUUCUGAAAAUGGAAUAUAAAGAAUUUUAUGCAAGACGGAUUACCCAAAUACCUGGCAUCGGCAAUUUUUGCGAAGUUCAAGCAUCAGAUAAGUACAGUACACAGCAGAAUACGCCAAAGAGGCUCUGAAGGGGGUUUUAUUCAUAGCCACGAACUGGCCAAAACGAACGAACACUCGGCUUAGAAUUUAUUUUAAUUUUAAUUUUUUUUCAAAUUCUGAUUGCUGAGGUCUUAGAUCCGAAAGUUAACUGAUUAGAAAUCGCCAGAAAACUAAAUGUUAUAUUAGAUCAGAGUGAUUCGAGCACCCAUUAAGGAAAUUCGUCAGUUCAGAUAAAACAAGUACAAAUUUUGGGGACCAGUCAAGCAAAAGCUGAGCGGAUUUGUUCAGUAAAAAGUACUUUAUAGAGAUCUUUUGUUUCCAUUUUUUACCUAAUUUCAUGAAACUAGCAGACUGCUGACUAAUUAACUCAACAAAUAAGUCAGCCCUUCACUUUUGUCUAUUGGGAAGAUCAGUUACUCACUAAAAUAUACUGAGCUAUAAAUUCACACUCAAUCAGAAAACUGGCUAAUCUAAGAACCCCGCUCGAGUUAUUCAGUUACAAAUACACAAAGCACUGACAAAUAAUUCAACGUGGCCUUUGUUUUGACUGAAUUUGGUGGAUAUGUUUUAGUAACAUUUUGUCCAAGAGUAUUUUAUUGCCGACGCCCGAUCGACGUACUAAAAAGUAGCGUGACUUCGAUUGCAUCCCCUAUCAUAAAAUUGCCUAUUACACGCAAAUAGCACGAGAAAAAAACUUCAGUAGAAAAAUCCAUGAAGACAAUAUGUGAAACCAAUUGUGGAAUUGCACCCAUUUUAGGCAUCCUACUGAUGAACAGUUGGGACACGUAGAUAUAUUUUUUAGCAACGACUAUAAUUUGCAGUCUGUCUACUUUGAAUUGUUUACGAGAAAACUUAAAUUCCGAUCUCUGAAACCAAUAGAUUAAUGUUUUGAUCAUUGGUUUUCUCUUCGCAAUCAUUGCAUGGUAUGGUACAUCCUUUCGUAUUUCCCCUUCCCCUACCCCUCUAAGUGUACUAAGUCCUCUCUCUCCCUUUGACGAGGGAACUUCAAUAACACAAUGCUUUGUAAAUAAAUUCCGACCAGAUUUUUCGUGUUGGAAAACCCUUCACGUUCCUCGGACCUUACUCAUAGAAAACGUCUAAAAGAAUGGCUCGGUUUUUCGUUCCGCUUUUUAUCGUUGUAUGGUUGCUGAUCUUAUGUACUCAGGAAAUUUCUUCGAAGGUGAGAAGCUAUUAAUUUUGCAAUGUAUUACCAACCUUUUUCAUAUUGCUUGUUAAAGAGUAAAGCAUUGAUCAAAUAACUUUUAACUUUUGAAACUUUUCUCUUGGCUUAUCUAAAACAGAUUUUUUUCUUUCUCUAUUGACCCUUUUUUAACUUGGCGCUAAAUAAAUUGAUUUGACUGUCUUUAAAAAAAUUUUUUCUUUAUAAUUUCUCAGGUCUCUGUCUAAGGAAUUCGCAGUUAAAGCGAAAUUUAAUGUGACUAUCCUAAAAUUUUAGCAGGUUCCAACUCAGAAGAAGGAAUUAAUGGCGACUUAGCCAACAUGUAUCGUCAGGGAAAAGGCCCAUUAAAACGAAAUUUUCCCACUCUUUCCUGGUUUCUUUGCCAAUCAUUUAUUUUAAUUCGAAAAACUGAACAACACUUCUUUAAACUAGUAAACGAUUUUUAACAAAAUGAUUCUUGUACCACUUUGCAGUAUAAAUUCGCACACAACUUAUUUUUUGACUGACUUUCAAUAUAGGUCAUAUAGGAACGUAUGGUUAUCGUCUCGAUCAUGGAAAAAAAUUGAUGUUUUCGAUUGAUCAGCAAUAUCGAAGAAAAUCAGUAAAAAAAACAACGGUUAUUUUACAAUGAUACUGUUAAGGGUGCACGGGAUCCAUUUAUAAGAGAAGAUGGAGAGUAAGGUCUCCGCACAGAUUAUAAAAAUGGUAAUAAAAAUUGCAGAGUAACAUGACAAGAUUCAUUUCGAUCUCUCGAGUUUUUUUUAUUUAUUAUGGAACUGAUAAGCUUCUUUAGUUUGGCGGUGUGAUGUGUGGAUUGUUCAUCUACUUGGGAUUGCUGCACUCAGCUGAGCACUAUCGGUGUGAACAUGUCGCUCGAAAAAUUUCAAGUUAAUAUUGUUAAGUAAAUAGCGGCUCCUAUAGUCGAUUUACUUCCUGACUCUCUAAAUCAACAAUGUGAUUUCGCUGGAUCCAUGUUGCUUCAGAUCCAACACUUUUACUAGGCAUUUUUUAAUGGUUUAAUGAAAUCCUGAUAAAAACUACUCAGCUUUGAUCGACGAAUGCUGAAAAAAUAAGGGAAAGCAGAAAUGCAUGUUGUUGGUUAAUAUUUCAGUGCUCUGUUCUUCUUAGUACUUAGUACAUGUAAAAAGAAAGCGUUUGGAAAUCAUUAAAAUAUCAAACUGUGGCUAUUGAACUGAAUGUGGCAAAAAAUAUAUAAAAAUAUUGAAUUUGACAUACUUCCGUUCCUUUACUUGUAAGCCGAGUAAAAAAAAAAAAACUUGUAAAGAAGUCUUGCCUUCCAUUUCUUAUGUCUGUUUUAUUAACAUCUAAAUAAUAUCAUGCAUGCAUCCGUGCAAUUGUCGCUCAAUACCCCGUAAGUACAAUGAUAGCUGUUUCGGCAAAAUAGUUUAGCCAUGUUAUUAUUAAAUAAUAUUUAGAUUUUUUAGGUUAUCAGUUAUUUUAUCAAGUCAUAAACGAACUCGGUCUUCGGUCAGUCGUGGUAAAAUGUCGUCAUACAAACACUGUGACAAAGCAUACUCACGACCCAAGAAAAACGCUAUCUUCAUAAAGUCACCAUUAUCUAAAAUGCCGGGAAGGUAAAAGAGUAGACUUUAUUAUAAAAGAAGUUUGAAAAAUGAGUUUCAUCUGCCAUGGAAUAAAAAAGAGGAUUUCAAAAAAUUGUCAUUCGAGAGCUGGGUGCAGGCAGUAGUAUUACGUAUAUGUUAAUUGCAAUUGUACGAAAAUUUUCAAGUUAUCAAAAAAAAACAAAUAGCAUUCAAGUCAACACCGAUCUUACAAGAAUUUUCAGUUUUUUCACGCAAGUAGUCAACUUUAAAUAGUGUUUCUUUCUCGAGGCAUUUGCCAUUUUCUCAGUUUCAGUUGAAGAAGUAACUUCAAUCAGAUUUUUAAAGAAAAGAAUGGCUCGUUUGUUGAUCACCAGUUUCGCUUUAAUCUUCGUUUCGGUGAUGUUUCUCUCUCAAGCAAAAGAAACAGUCGGAAAGGUAAAAAAGUGGAAACUUUAUGUUUGUAAUUAAUACUUAUUUCAUCAAUUUUGCCUUUCGAUCUCUUGUUUUAUGGCACGUUUGAUUCUUGAAGAAGGGUGGUUAAUUCAUUAUAUGGUCACAAAUCGACAAUUUAAUUUUGGUUUCAUACUUAUUAGAAAAUAUUAGCAGAAAAAAAUACGGUUAGCCACAGAGUACUACGAGUUUUAAUAUAAUAUAUCAGUACGUGGUGCAAAAAAAACAAACAAACAAAUUAAAUCAACUUCUAAAUAUUUUAAAAGUAACAAAAUUGUGAAAUUUAAUGGCAUAAAUAUUUAUUGAGCAUGCAUAUCAGUUCUUGAAUUAGGGUACUUUUGUUCAUUUUCUUUCAGCUACUGAAUCGUGGAAAUCACGAACAAGGCAAUCAAAUUUCACUCCACAAAAGAAGUACUUACGCGAAUCCGUUGUUAGGUGAUUACAAGUGACGUUUAAAUAACAGUCUUUUAUUGGAUAAUUAACUCUUUAAACGGGCUAUUGUAGCUUGUUUUUCUAAGUUAAGAUCUGCUGCCGUCAGAGUUAUCUUGACUAUCUUUAGCGAUUUGCGGCAAUUACAAAAACUCUUUAUAGUUUUUACCUAAUCAGUAAUGUAUGGAUUAUGGCAACAUUUGAAACCUGUCAGUGGAUGUAUAUGAAGCUUAAGUACCGGUAUGAAAUCAUGCAGUGGAUGGAAAUUUGGCGCGUUUUGAUUGGUUCAAGUAACUCGGAAAACCAUUGGCAGAUUUAGCAAAAAGGUGACGAUAGUCAUUAUCGACGACGGCAAGGGCAAAUCUGAAAGCUGACUCGACAAAUGACAGAGUGGCAAAUUGUGCACCAAAAGUGGCGUUCAGUCUUUUUCCCGCGCUUUUGCGUUUUGAGGUUUUCACUGACGCCGCGUUGUCUUUGCUAAGUCUCCCGCUUCUUCACUGUUUAGAAUGGAGUCUCGUUUCGCGAGAGUUUUGGAAGACGAAAUUUUAGCAAUAAAUGAGGCGACUGUACUAACAAAUCACCAAGAAAGCUACGAAAUUAGCCUUGUCAGUGUUUACUGGUUGGUUGAAAAUUAUUUUCUUUUUA